GGUUCCACGCAUGACGGCUCAACCGAACUUGCGGCGGCGGCGGCGGCAGGGGCACCCGCCUUCUCCUCAGCGGCUUUUGAUUGGCUGCCCGGGCCGAGGCGCCCGAGGUUGCCAUUGGCUGCUGGGUGAGACCGGGCCGCCAGCGUGUUCGGUUGCGCCGUGGGUGAUCUAGUUCCUGGUCUCCCUCCUCGUAGGCCCUGGGCGCUGCUGGGAGAGGGUCUCCCGGAAGAGGGCGAGCGAGUGAGAGCGAGUGCUGGGGCCAGGGGCCAUGUUGCCCCCGGAGUAGGCGCUCCUCCUGCAGCACCCGCGACGCCGCCUCCUCCCUCGCCAUGAUCAUAGAGAACGUGGAGGCGCUCAAGUCCUGGCUGGCCAAGUUGCUGGAGCCAAUAUGUGAUGCUGAUCCUUCAGCGCUGGCUAACUAUGUUGUGGCACUGGUCAAGAAAGACAAACCAGAGAAAGAGUUGAAAGCGUUCUGUGCUGAUCAACUAGAUGUCUUUCUGCAAAAAGAAACAUCGGGUUUUGUUGAUAAACUCUUCGAAAGCCUGUACACCAAAAAUUACCUAGCUCCCAGUGAACCAGCAAAACCAGAGCCAAAACCUAUAGGUCAGGUGAAAGAAGAAAUCAAGGAGGAGACAUUUCAGGAAUCUUUUGAAGAAGAGCGAGAGAGCAAAAAGAAGAAAUAUGCUAGCCCACAGAAAAAUCGUUCAGAUCCUAUUGAGCAAAGAAAUAGAGAAAGAAAAAGAGAUGAUAACAAAUGGAGAGACUAUGAUAGAUACUAUGAACGGAAUGACCUGUACAGAGACAAAUAUGACUGGCGAAGGGGAAGAAGUAAGAGUCGCAGUAAAAGCAGAGGGCUAAGUCGGAGUCGUAGCCGGAGUCGGGGGAGAAGUAAAGACCAGGAUGCAAACAAAGAUAGGGAUGCAAACAGAAAUGCUGAGCACAGAGAGCGAGCCAAAUUCAAAUGUGAAAGGAGUGACAUGGAGAGCUCAUAUAACCCAGUGUCAUUGUCUUCCAUUAACUCUACUGAGCAGUAUUCCUCUGGAGCACAGUGUAUUCCCAGUGCUGUGACUGUGAUUGCACCUGCUCACCAUCCUGAAAACACGACAGAAAGCUGGUCAAAUUACUACAGCAAUCACUCUGCUCCUAAUUCCUUUGGCAGGAAUGCACCGCCAAAAAGGCGUUGUCGAGAUUAUGAUGAGCGAGGGUUUUGUGUACUUGGUGACCUCUGUCAAUUUGACCAUGGAAACGAUCCACUAGUCGUAGAUGAAGUAUCAUUGCCAAGCAUGAUUCCUUUUCCACCACCACCACCGGGACUUCCUCCUCCUGGAAUGCUGAUGGCACCUACACAGGGCCCGGCCCAUAACAUGAGAAUGCCAGGCCCACAAGUACAUCCUCGGCCCCCACCACCUGUUAGAAUUCCUAUGCCAAGACCUCCUUUAUCACAGUCCAGUUUGAUCAACAGUCGUGACCAGCCAGGAACGACUACAGUGCCUAGCCUUGCACCAGCAGGAGCAAGAUUACCUCCUCCAUUACCCCAGAACCUACUAUAUUCAGUAUCAGAACAUACAUAUGAACCAGAUGGCUAUAAUCCAGAAGCCCCUAGUAUUACCAGUACUGGUAGAUCUCAGUAUAGACAGUUCUUUUCAAGGACACCAAUGCAGCGUCCAAAUCUUAUUGGCUUAACAUCUGGUGAGAUGGAUACAAAUCCAAGAGCUGCUAAUAUUGUCAUCCAGACUGAGCCUCCAGUUGGCAUUGCAAGUAACAGCAGCAACAUGUCCAGGGUGGUGCUUGAGCCAGACAACAGAAAGCGAAUUAUAAAUACAGUAGAAGGACCAUCUCCAAAGAAACCCUGGACUGGAAAGCAAACUAAUAACAGCCAGAAUAAACCUGGAUUCCUGAAGAAGAACCAAUAUACAAACACAAAACUGGAAGUUCGUAAAAUACCACCAGAACUAAACAAUAUUACCCAGCUUAAUGAACAUUUCAGCAGAUUUGGAACAAUUGUCAACAUUCAGGUUGCUUUCAGGAAUGACCCUGAAGCUGCUCUAAUUCAGUACUUAACAAAUGAUGAAGCCAGGAAGGCUAUUUCGAGCACAGAGGCAGUGUUGAACAAUAGGUUUAUACGAGUACUGUGGCACCGGGAAAACAGCGAGCAGCAGCCAUUGCAAUCAUCCCAGCAGCAGCAACAGACACCCCCACUGCUUCAUCACCAACUUCACCUGCAACAGCCAAUGCCAACACAGGCUCCAGCUAUAACCAUGCACAGCACUGUGCCAAAGGUGACUAAACCGCUGGCAUCGGGUGCCUAUGUCCUUAACAAGGUUCCAGUUAAACAUCGGCUAGGAGGAAGUGGUGGAAAUCAGCCAGACUCUCAACAUCUGUUGUUCAACCAGUCUGGCGCAUCUGCAGAGGAUGCUCAGAUAUUUCCCACUUCAGCUGGCCACACAAAGAUGGUUUACAGUUCCUCCAAUAUGAAGACAUCUAUAAAAUCUGGUACAGGGAACAAAUCUCACGAUGUCCAAGAAGUUCUUAAAAAGAAGCAGGAGGCAAUGAAACUGCAACAAGACAUGAGAAAGAAAAAGCAAGAAAUGCUAGAGAAACAAAUAGAAUGUCAAAAGAUGUUAAUAUCAAAAUUAGAAAAGAAUAAAAGCAUGAAACCAGAGGAAAGAGCAGAGCUCAUGAAGACACUGAAAGAAUUAACAGGAAAAAUAUCUCAGUUGAAAGAUGAAUUAAAAACCUCAUCUGCUGCUUCUGCAACAUCAAAGUUAAAGUCCAAAACAGAGGCACAAAAGGAGCUUUUGGAUGCAGAACUGGACUUUCAUAAAAGACUGUCUUCAGGGGAGGAUACAACAGAAUUAAGGAAAAAGUUGACCCAGUUACAAGUGGAGGCUGCCCGUUUAGGUAUCUUGCCUGUUGGUCGUGGAAAAAUAAUGUCUUCUCAGAGCAGAGGACGAGGACGUGGAGGGAGAGGGAGAGGGAGAGGUAUAGUGAAUCACAUGGUAGUGGACCACCGUCCCAAAGCUCUGACAAUUGGAGGAUUUGUGGAAGAGGAGAAAGAUGAAUUGCUUCAGCAUUUUUCAAAAUUUGGAGAUAUUGAAGGCCUUCAGGAAGAGGAUUCUCCUUUAAGUGUUGUUCUGACAUUUAAAUCCCGCUCUGAAGCUGAAAAUGCUGCCAACCAAGGGCUAAAGUUCAAAGACCGACGACUUCAGAUAUCAUGGCAUAAACCUAAGGUACCUUCGGUGUCCACAGAAACUGAGGAAGAGGAGACUAAGGAAGAGGAGACAGAAACUUCAGAUUUAUUUUUACCCGAAGAUGACGAUGACGAUGAUGAAGAUGAAGAUGAAUCGCGUUCUUGGAGAAGAUGAAACUUGAAAUGGAAUCAUAUAGUUUUAGAAUUGUUUGAGCUACAGCUUUUAAAAUUUUAUUUAAAGGAAGUCAAUGAGCCAAAAAAAAAAACACACUGUUUUUCUUUUUCUUUUCAUAUACACAAGAGAGUAAGUGUGCGUUUGAUAUAGAAGCAGAUGAGUCCCCCUGAUCAGCCAAAGGCCCAAAGCUUAUGCAGAGUUAUAAAGAUGGUUAUUACCCUCUAAAGAUAAAAUGUAUAAGUCUUUCAAGGCUCAUAUCAGUUUUGUUUUUAAAAUAUGGGUUGUUAUUCAUCUAACAAUGACUUUACAGGCUUUAUUUAGUAACGUGGAUUCUGAGAUUGUAGCUAUUUGUGAAAUUCAUUUGUACAUCAGCAUUGUCUGAAAUUUGAUAAUUCAAAAGUCCAUUUAUUAAGUGAUCAAAAAUAAGUUGCUUUGCUGAAGUAACUUUAACUUCUCAGUCUCUAUCAAAAAUGUCACAUAUUAUGGUUAUUGAAAAUUUUAUUUUCCUUCAUCCUUCAAUCUGAGACGUGAUACUUAACAGAUUUAUAGUGCAAGACUAUUAGUCCCUGGCAGCAUUGAUGGGAACCAGUCCUGUCAUUUUGAUUGGUGCAGUUGACCAAUCACUGCUGCUGUAAAUGCCAUGUUUAUUUCACAGAAACAUAUGUGGGCCUCCUGCACAUACCUUCUUUAAAAUGAACACAGAAUAGCACUUCUUGAACAGCCAGCCUUGAUGAAUGUGUGUUAGUUCAGUCAUUAGAAUGGAGUCUCUGUCCUCCAUGACUAAAUUCACUAUUUUUAAUUUCUUAGGUCAGUGCAGUAUUUCAAGUAAUUAAAGUUCUCUUUGGCCCAGAAGGUCCCAAGUCUAAAAUAUUUCCAAUUUAAAAUAAUAACUAAAGCAGCGCAUGCAGUGGUAUUGUGCUUAACUCUACGCAAAAUAACUUCAUAAAAUGACUUUAAGUUGAAGAGAGACAUGUAAGACACUGGUUUACUUAGAUGCCUUUGAUCUGCAUGUGGUUUGAUUUUUUUCAGCUUUUCUUAAGGCAGCAAACAACUGGUGUAGAUUGUAGCAGAAUGGCAACAGAUCUUCAUCUUUUCCUGCUGUUAAUCCUAAACACAUUAUCCUGUAGAUCAUUUGCUUCAUUCUUAGUGCCUCUAUAUGUACCCCAUACUGUAGCAUCAUGUUAUAGAAGGAGGUUUAUUAUAUUAUUGUAUUCUGAUUGUUAAGAUCAAAUAAGUAGGGAAAACAUUGCUGUAUCACCUCCUGUGAUAGCAAAACACUAAUGCAAGCAAAUAGAAAAAUUAAGACAUCUUUUAUCCGAACAUAUUGCCACAACUGAUACUAGAUUCACUCUGUGUAUCAGAGGUUCUAAAUCUCAACUUGCUACAUGAAAAGAAGCGCUCUUUCUAUUUCUCCUUUCCUUUUGGGUAUAAUGGGCAUUGUGGUGUCUGAAUUCCCAACCACUAUCAGUUUAGGUCCCACUCACACUUGGAGAGGGGUGUGAUUUUUCAGUGUGUUUUUGCCCAUUACAUGAAGGCCUUUGUUUUCUAGAUGAUUGCUACAUUCCUGUUAAUUUUGAAUCUCAGUGAAUUCAGUUAUAAAAGAAAAAAGAAGCACGAAUAUUGCACACCCUAACAGGGCAAAGCCUUGCUCUUCUCCCAUUGCCUGUAAUGUUUGGAAUGCUUAUGGCUCAGUUAUGUGGCCAUCACAUAUAUUGACCCAUCCACAGAAAAAUGCUUGAAUCUGGACAGUUUAAUCAAAUGAUAGAGGGAACAAAGGAUUUAUAUAUGUGUGUAUAUAUAUUGUACAGGGUUUUUCUUAAAGCUGUAUAAUUUUGUAAAUAUUUUUGCUUUUUUUGUGUACUAAAACUACCAGCAUCUAGAUUUCCAUAAGAAUUCUUGUAUUUUUGUAUCUGGAAGAUUACAGUGGUUGAGUGAAGCUGUAAGAGAGAUUUCCACAGCCUUUGGCUUAGUUAAACUGGAUGGGAUUCCUUUUCAUAUGGUUUUAAAUAACAUUUUGUUAGCACACUCUUCAGAACAGGAUGAAUGUCCUUGCUCAAAGGGUUAGGAUUUUUUUUUUUCAUGGAAAGAGAAGGGAGCCAGCAAGCAGAGGCUUUAUUUAAUCAUUUCCCCCCAUUUUUUAAAAAAGUAAGUUGACUUACAUAAAUCCUCUAGUGACAUCUUAAAUGUGAUUUCUCAGCUCAGAAGCACAAAACCAAGUUGGUGGCCCUGAACUCAUGUAAUGAAAGCAUACUAUUGUGUUACUGAGAAUAUAAGUAAUGGGCAGCAUCGUGGUAACUUGUUUAAUACAAAGGAGAAGGGGAAACUAGUUCAAAGUGACCUUCAUUUUGACAGGACUGUGUAUCUCCCUGUGUUGUGUGUAUUAGAAGUUAGUAGGACACCAUUUGUGUUACUAGGUAGAUAAUUUCUGGUAACACUUUAUUUCUAAUAGUUGUGAAAUUGUCGCUUUCACAUUCAUAAUCCAUAACCAACAGAAUAUAUCAUAAAUAUACAUGCCAAGUGACUUCAGAACUGUAAGUUGACCUAAAAUAAAAUGUUACCACAUGUGGAGUAUACCUCACUGACCACUUAGCAGUGUGUAAUCCCAUUGAAAUGCAGAAAAAUGCUGCAACAUAAAUGGUCAGUGAAUCACUACCCUAAAGCUUUACAAAUGCAAAUGCUACUAGUAUAUAAACUGUCAGUUUAACUGUGGUGUAAAAUCUUUUUUUGUUUUGUUUUUUAAUCCUUGAGCAUAAAAACACACAACAUCUAAAAACUGAUUUGAAAAAUGUAUGCCCACAUAACAGUGGAGAUGCUUCAACAGUUUUUAGCAAAAUCAUGUGAAAAGGAAUAUUAAAUUCCUCUCAGUGUAUAGUAAACUUGUAUUAUAGUUUUUACAAGAUUGUGAACUUGUGUAAUAGUAUAUUAGGAGAUAUUGUUGGAUUUCUAACUGUUUAUACAUUUAAAUUCAUACAUGUAAUGUUUGUUUUAUUGAUUACACUCUGAAUUUCUAAGAUGCAUGUUGACUUUUUGCAAUAAAGAGACAAUAUGGAAUGGUUUAAAAUUAUAAGCAAAAAAAAGAGUACAAAACAAUUUGAACUGAAAUUUGGAAAAAAAUAGCCAUUCCAAAAAAACUAUAAUCAUAAAAA